AUGAUAUAAAGUAACCAUGGUUAAAUCCAAGAACACGAAAGGCUGAGAUAGAAUAAACUGGGUCGACUAACCAUAGUUAAGGCUUCUCUGGUUAAAGAUGUUGGAAGCUCUGUGAUGUGCUUAACUAUUUAUAAAAUAACAAUGGAAGAAGCACUCAAACCAAACCCAUCUCUCACUUUUCAGAUUCUCCGAAACACCACACACUACCUUUCACCAGAGGAAAACACACACAAAGGGUAUUAAGAUCACAAGAUGGGUCUAUCAAGCCUUCCUGGUCCAUCAGAAGGAAUGCUAUGCAUUAUAUUAGUCAACGCAGCAUUAUCAAUCUCCAUGUUCAAAGGCAUUGUCAGAUCAGUGCUUUACCUAGUAGGAAUCCGUCUCUCUCCUUCUUCAGUAGCAUCUUCAGAGAUUCCAACUUCCGAGACUUUCGAUUUCCGGAUCUGCCAGCCUGAGAGUUUCCUUGAGGAAUUCAGGAACAGGACUCCAACGCUCAAGUUCGAGAGCUUGUGCCAAAAACAGGAGGACAGCGAGUGUUCGGUAUGCCUGACGAAAUUCGAAGAGGGUUCAGAGGUCAACAAGCUAAAAUGCGGACACUUGUUUCACAAAACAUGCGUGGAGAAAUGGAUAGACUAUUGGAACAUCACUUGCCCCUUGUGUAGGACUCCUCUUGUAGCAGAAGACCAGCAGGUUUCUUCUUAUGUUUGGUGACUACUUUUCUUUGGUAUAGAGGCUGUUUUUCUUUUGGUUGGGUUUGGGUGUGUUUGUUGUUGUGUACAGCUACUGCUUUUACUAUGAAAAUUAGGCUGCGUCACGGUUGAUUCUUCAGCAGAUUUAGACCGGGGAUGGGGUAAUCUGAUGUACAUACAUAUCAUGUGAGUUAUAUAUGUAUACCCAUGUGUAAUGGAAUCUCUUGUUUGAACA